AUGGCUGCCUGUAUUUCAUCAUUAGGUCAUGAUCAAUAUUCUUCCAACAAUUUCGAUGAACUUUUCAACCUUCCGAGUUACAAGAGGUAUUUAGACUUUUCUUCUCAUGAAGAUAAUGAUCAUCUGGACAACCACAGGAACAAGAGACUCAAAUUCAGUCAGGAUGAUGAAUUUUUCAACAUCGAGAAGAGAGUAAUUGAGUUUAGUAGCAACGAAUUACCAUGCCUAAAAAUAGUGGCUGGAUCUUUAUACUUACCCAAAGACAAUCCAAAGAAGCCACUAGGUGAAGAUGCACACUUCAUAGAUGAAUUAUUCAAAACUAUUGGAGUCGCGGAUGGCAUUGGUGGCUGGGUGAAACAAGGAAUUGAUGCUGGAAUAUACGCAAGAGACCUUAUGAAGAAUUCACAUAUCGUUACAUAUAAUGAAGCGAUGAAAGGUCAUGUGAACCCUAAAAGGGUUCUUGAAGAAGCAAACAAAAACACAAAUUCAAAAGGGUCAUCUACAGCUUGUAUUAAAGGGAAAAUUUAUAUACAAGUCAUCGACUCAACGAUAUUUGGGUGUCCGUAUAAAUUGGGAAACUGCAAUGCCGAUAAUCCUAGCAUUGCUCAAGAGAUGAAAUUAAACGUCGAGAAAGAUGAUACUUUGAUGGUUGGGACGGACGGGAUGCUUGAUAAUAUGAAUGAUAGAGAAAUUGAAGAAAUUUUUCGGAGAGCGAUCAACGAUAAGUUGAAAGCAAAGGAGUUAACUAAGAAAAUUGAAAACGUUGCAUUGUACAACUCAUUUGAUAGAUUUGCAGAUACACCAUAUGCAAGAGCAUCUAAGGGACGACAUAAAGGAGGAAAAAUUGAUGAUAUAACUGUUAUUGCAGCUUAUACACAAUAA